ACCUCAGAGAGAGGGAGGGAAGGAGAGGACGGGUAGGAGCGUGUGUGCAUGUGUGUAAGAGACACUUAUUCUCUUAACUACUAGGAGACAGACACACUUUCCUGGCCCGACUCAAAGAAGGGGGAAAACAGGAGGAAGAUUUUUUUUUUUUUGCUUCAAUAUCAUUUUAAUUUUCCCCUCAUUCAACAAUCAAGCUGCCCUAAAGCUUCUCUUCCUGGAAACUCUUCUUCAUUGCCUACUGGAAGUUCUAUGUAUUGAUCUACUUACCCUCUCACACACUACAAGGCUUACCUCAUGGAUUUGUAUCUGAUUGGAUAUUUGAUGUGUGUGUGGUUGUCCAGCUCACGGGUGCUUGGAGGCUAUCCCAUCUGGUGGUCCCUGGCACUGGGGCAGCAGUACUCAUCUCUGGGCUCCCAACCCAUCCUGUGUGGCUCUAUCCCUGGCCUCGUACCGAAGCAGUUGCGUUUCUGUCGCAACUACAUUGAGAUUAUGCCCAGUGUCGCUGAAGGUGUCAAGCUGGGGAUCCAAGAGUGCCAGCACCAGUUUAGGGGCCGCCGAUGGAACUGCACCACCAUCAAGGACAACCUGGCCAUUUUCGGCCCUGUUCUAGAUAAGGCAACCAGAGAGUCAGCAUUCGUCCAUGCUAUAGCUUCAGCGGGCGUUGCAUUUGCAGUGACACGCUCAUGUGCUGAGGGCACGUCAACCAUGUGUGGGUGUGACUCCCACCACAAGGGCCCUCCAGGGGAGGGCUGGAAGUGGGGUGGCUGCAGCGAGGAUGCAGAGUUUGGGGUGCUGGUGUCCAGGGAGUUUGCAGACGCCAGAGAGAACCGUCCAGACGCUCGCUCAGCAAUGAAUCGGCACAACAACGAGGCAGGACGCACGACUAUCCUGGACCACAUGCACCUGCGCUGCAAAUGUCACGGCCUUUCUGGAAGCUGCGAGGUGAAGACGUGCUGGUGGGCGCAGCCGGACUUCCGCAUGCUGGGCGACUACCUGAAGGACAAGUACGACAGCGCCUCAGAGAUGGUGGUGGAGAAGCACCGCGAGUCUCGCGGCUGGGUGGAGACCCUGCGAGUCAAAUACGCCUUCUUCAAGCACCCCACUGAGCGUGACCUGGUGUACUACGAGGGCUCGCCCAAUUUCUGCGAGCCCAACCCAGAGACGGGCUCCUUUGGGACGCGCGAUCGUGUCUGCAACGUGUCGUCGCACGGCAUUGAGGGCUGCGACCUGCUGUGCUGCGGACGCGGCCACAACACCCGGACUGAGAAACGCAAAGAGAAGUGUCACUGCAUCUUCCACUGGUGCUGCUACGUCAGCUGUCAGGAGUGUGUGCGCGUCUACGACGUACACACGUGUAAGUGAGACAGGCAAGCUGACUGCUGGACCUUCAACUCCCCACCUCCUGCAUGACUUCCUUGCUUCCCCCCCCCACACACACAAGCGCAGUCAAAAACAUAUUCAUCAGCACACACACUCAAGCCCUAAUGGGUAAUGGCACAUCAGUAAUGGAUACUUCUGUACCAUUUUUUUGUACAAACCAUGCACAAGAAUCUAUCUUCCAAACCACUACCCCCAUAACUACAUAAUAUCUGAGCAGAAUGUGUCCCGUGUUGACCUGAUGGAUAACUUGGUCCACUCUCACGGGAAGAAGCUAGAGUUGUGCCACUCUCCCCUCGUUCGUCCUCACCCUGCAGCAUUGGGCCACGACCACCCCUCCCUUCCCCUUUGUCUUUAUUUAUUUCCCACCCUUCAUGCCAACACAGCAUUUUCGGCAUGUACAGUAACACUUUUACAUGUGAGAUUAAUGCAGUAAAAAAACAAAACAAACAAACAAAAAAAAAAACAGAGACUCUCUUUGCUUUUGAGUAAAAAGCAUCUUCUAACUAACACCUCACUUCUCCAGCCAGUCUGGUUGGUUUACCUUUUUGUUGUUGUUGUUGUUGUUUAACUUAACCAACCUCUCUACCCAAUCACUUACUCUUAAGUGAUACUGAACACGUCAGCAGCCCCAGGAAACCAUCACUUUGUAACUACUGAACUGAACUGAACUGAGGCACUGGAAGUGCCGCAGUCCUGUCCUUUCUAAACUACUGAGCUGAUCCCUUCCUUCCCUGCGGACUGACUCUACUGCGACAGUCAACUAGAAGAUAUGUGCUUCAGUCUGAUUUUUUAAUAGAACCACAUUUCUGAAAUAUUACCACUGAGCUGGGGUUUGAGGUAUGCAGGAGGAGGCAUGCUCGUUCUGCUAACUAACAACCCGUACACAUGUAUUUAUGUGCACUAUUCAUAACUCCAGGUGGUAAACAUUUGAGCAUUGUUUAUGUGAGCAAAUUCUUCUUGGUUGCAAGCUAGCAGUUCUUAUGAAUGACGGCUCUGUUACCACAUUCACCCUGUAAAUCACUCAUGGUUUCCACAAAUGUCAUGCAACUUCACCAUUCAAACUUACGGAGUCUGGGGGUAAAAACUAACCACAGAAAAGAUCUGAUUAUAUGUGUGAAGGUCACCUAUUAUGGCUGUGUCAUUAUGAAUUUAUGCAUCAAACUUGAGUCCAGCUUAUGUCCAAUAAUAACUCUGGUGUUUUGUUUUUUUUAUAUCACUCUCAGUGCAGAAAAACAUUUGUCUCAACAAAAAUCUUUUACUUCUGGGAACAAAAGGGAAAGAAAAUAAGGGGAUAUGUGACAACACGUGGAGACAACGUGGGCUGAGAAAGAUCUGACUGGCUGUCACGUCCUUCCAUCCGUGUUUUCAGUCAGCUGGACAGUUGAGGUUUUUAAGGUUGAUUUAUGAACUCGUAUUCUUGUCAGUAUACACCGAAACACUCCUGCCGUUCUGUUUUGUUUUUUAGAAUAUUGGAAAAAACAAUUUACUGCCAUUUAAUCAAAAGAUUGUUUUUCAUAGACAUCAGUGUCAGCACAUUGUGACUUGCAACAAGAGGAACCGGUUUUAAGACCGCUAACAAAAAUUGCUAUGAUUUGCGGGUGGAUUGUAAAGACUGCCAGUUCAUGAAGUUUAAAAAAACGUCUGAUUCUAAGAACAUGAAACGUAGAACGGAUGAUUUAUAAGGGAUGUGUAUGUGUGUGUGCAUGACAAGCGACUACAGAAGAGGAUGGAUGGACCAACGGACAGCAAGCUGGCUCUUCACAAUGGUGGAACUAAGCAAGAGAGGUUUCACACAACAUGUUCUGACAGUCCCACCUGCUUCCUAUUAAUUAUAUUCAACAACAAACACACAAGUUACCCAGUAGUGUGUAGGCUGUCCUCUCUUUGGGACAUAGCUUAGCGUUCGCGUCAUCUUCUACACAGCCCUCCCUACCUGGGCCUACCUUUCUGUGUUCAGUCCCCCACCCUACCAAGACCCCCAAAGGCCCCUCAUCUUUCCCCGCUAUAUCCAAAGUUUUGUACAAAUGUUUUAAAGUUGAAUAAUUCCCUUUUUAUUUUAUAAUCGUAAAUGUUAUGUUUUUAUAAAUAUUAUUUAUUAUACAAUGUAUAUAUCUGUAUGACUGAACUAAGAUUAUAUAUUUG